GGAAGAAGUUCCUCGUGGCAAUGGGGGAGGGUUUUAAGCAGAAAUUCCCACUUGCUUCUUUCAUAAUGUUGAUUGCUGCUCAGGCAGAAAGCUGUUCUUUGCUUGUGCAGCUUAAUCUAGUGUAUUGCACCAAGCAGCUAAACACCUGAAACCUGUGCAGACGGCAGGAUGUGGUCGCAAGGUGAGGACAGCGCAGCGGCAGAGUCUGACGGAGAAAAUGUUUUAACGUCUGAAGAUGAGGGAGACAUCCAGUGUGAGAUCCUGGAAAUUCAGAGGGACGAAGCCAAUCAGAGGCUGUCUGAAUUGGAGGAAGUCUCCAAUCAGCUCUUGAAAGAGAUAAAUGUCCUGGAGAUGCAGUUCCAGAUUGAGCGCUCCUGCAGGGAGAGUGCUGAGGCGCUGGCUGUCAAGGUGACCAAAGAGAACAAAGUCCUGAAGAGGAAGAGCCAGAUGCUGAUGCCGCUCAUCCCCGAGCUGCCUGAGAACUUGGGUGCCGUGACCUUUGACCCAGAGACUAACCCCGAGGUUAACGGCGAGGACGUGGUCAAUGUUGGUGAGGAGACGCUGCUGCUGGAGAGUCAAGCUAAGAUAGCAGAGCUGCAGGCCUCAGUGGACGGCCUGCUGGCUGAGAAGCUGCAACUGGAGCAACAAGUGGAAGAUCUGACCAAAGAACAGGUCCAACUCAGAGAGCAGGUGUGUGUGUGUGUGUGUGUGUGUGUGUGUGUGUGUGUAUGCCAAAAGGUGAAUUUUGGUUUGUCUUGUCAGAUAUUGGUGCAGCAGAAUGCGGCCCACAUUGAGAGCGUGAUACUGACACGGAGCUCAGAGACCGGCCUGCAGCUGCAGCAGGCGCUGGAGCAAAUUUCCAACAUCAGCACGGCCCUGUGUAACAUACAACGCUAUUACCAGAAUCAGUUGAACCCGUGUCCGAGCACCGUGGACGAGAGCGGCGGCCUCUCUGAGCUGCAAAACCUGAGAGAACAGCUGGAGAAGAGCGAGGAGGAGAGGAAGGCCUCGGAGAAUCUGCUGUCUGAAGCUAACGGCACUGUCACAGAGCUCCAGGAGGAAGUGAAACAGUUAAGGGAUGCACUGAGCCGGGAGGAUGAAAAAGACAAAUCAGAGGAGAAAGCCGCUCCUGCUGCACCUCCACCGCCGCCUCCCCCCCCUCUUCCACCUCCCCCUGCUGUCCCCAAUUCCCUUGAUUUUCUGCGAUGCAGGAGAAAAGAAAGCGCAAGUAAAGCUGAAUCAGACAAAGCAGCACCCUUGUUGGACCUGAAGGCAAAGGCAGUGGAUGAAAUGAUGGAGAGAAUAAAAAGAGGCAUCGUCCUGAGGCCUUUCAAGAGAAUACAGGAGGAUGACAGCUCAUGGAAGGACCAAAGGAGUGAGAACAGAAAGUCAGCUAUCGUGGAGUUGAAAGGAAUGCUGGACAACAUGAAGCGACAGAACGUCCGCAGAGUGCCUUCCAGACGGGGCCGAAAUGUUGGGGAAGCAGAGCUCCUGCAGGUGCUCCAGAGGAGGAGGAGAGCCAUGGGGGAGAACAGGGACCAAACACAGGACCCUCAGCCAGGUUCACAGUGUGUCCCAGCAGCAGGAGAUGUUCCCUGGGCAUGCGAGAGCGGCAGCGCCCCUGUCCUCCGGAGGCUGAAACAGAAUAGAGAGAUGAGAGACUCUCGCAUCAGAGCAUCGGCACUGAUCAACAGCCAAGAAAACUGAGAGCAGUUACAGGAAGUCUUAUUAUCAUUGCCGUUUUACACGAUGAUGAGUUUGUUGAGUAAGCUGCACCUGCAA